GAGGAGACUGSUUUCACUCCUCACAUUGCUAGCCAGCAGGGACACAGACGUUCGCAGUUGAAAAAUAUCGUUGGUGAAUAAUUAUUCAUGUUCUAUAGACUUUGGCUGGUCCAAAAUUAAUUAUUUUAGUAUAACUAUCAGUAGCAAAGUAACCUUUUUUUUAUAUUCAUUUGAUCAAUAGCUAGCGCCAGAURCUAACUACUAGCUAGCUCCACGGCAGUCAGCUAGGUCGGUGAGCCUAACUACUGAAAUACCAAAACAUUUAUUUAUAGUAUGAGUUUUUAUAAAUUCAGCUAUUUUAUAAAGAUAAUUAGCCAGAUAAAACAUAUUGCGYGUUUUCACAACAAAUCCAUCCACCUGAAGCAAAAUAAAGGUUAGCUAUCUAGCAUUUGUCCGCAUCGCGAAAUCGCAACAAAGAAAACGUUUUUUUUGUUUUGCAGAAUCAGGUGGCUAGCUAGGUUGUUACGUGUGUUCGAGUAAACAACGAGGUUGACUAGAGUAGCUAGUUCGCUAUUUUACCAUGGCGCAACAUGGUCCUACUCACGUAGCAAGCUCACAGAAAGCAUUAAUGUUAGAAAUGAAGAGCCUUCAAGAGGAGCCAGUCGAGGGCUUCAGAAUAACAUUGGUGGACGAGGCAGAUUUAUACAAUUGGGAAGUGGCCAUUUUUGGACCUCCUAACACUCACUAUGAAGGAGGGUAUUUCAAGGCUCGUAUCAAGUUCCCCAUUGACUACCCCUAUUCACCACCAGCUUUCCGUUUCCUCACCAAGAUGUGGCACCCCAACAUCUAUGAGAAUGGGGACGUGUGUAUAUCCAUUCUGCACCCUCCGGUUGAUGACCCUCAGAGUGGGGAGCUGCCCUCUGAGAGGUGGAACCCUACCCAGAAUGUUAGGACCAUCCUUCUGAGUGUAAUCUCUCUGCUGAACGAGCCCAACACCUUCUCCCCGGCCAAUGUGGAUGCCUCCGUCAUGUACCGCAAGUGGAGAGACAGCAAGGGCAAGGACAGAGAGUACGCAGAGAUCAUUCGGAAGCAGGUGUUGGCCACUAAGGCUGAGGCGGAACGCGACGGGGUGAAGGUCCCCACCACGCUGGCCGAAUACUGUGUCCGCACUCGCGCCCCGCCACCUGACGAGGGCUCCGACCUCUUCUAYGACGAUUACUAUGACGAUGAGGAUCUGGAGGAUGAAGACGAUUGCUGCUAUGAUGAAGAUGACUCUGGGACAGAGGAGUCGUGACGCGUCCCAAAUGUGAACCUGGACGGCUGACGCAUGCGCUCCCUGACCUCUCCUCCCAUAGGAGAGACAGUUCUGAAAGGACUACUUCACAUAUUUUAAACCUCUCACUUUUUCUAUCCACAGGUGGCAAGUGGUUCUCCCCCUCAGUUUCUUCUCAGAAUCCAAGAACACUUAGGCUGGGCCUGAUGUGCUCAGUUUUCUACCAGUGCAAAGGCUGCACCUGUUAUUUUCUGAAAGGRUUGACUAAAAUAAAGCAAAAAAUGACAUGCUACCUUUUGUCCUUGUUUGACUACCUGUUAAAAAAAAAAAAAAAAACAGGUGUCAACAUUGCGCUGGUGAAAACA